AUGAACCACACCGGGUCCGACUCAGCGACGGCUUCACGAGAUGCAGAAAACAGGAAGCGCAGCCACAACGGGGAUCUGACCAAUGGCGGACUCAAUGGUGCGCGAAGUGACACGCCGGCAGGGGGACCUGCUGUUAAUGGGGGUCCUUUGCGCGAAACCAGCACCAAUGGCGCAUCCAUGGCAGUCGCAGCAACGGCCGGUCCCACGCUCGAACAAUACUCGGAUCUGCCCCCGGAGAUCGCUCAUAUCGGCCCCGAGCAGUACAUGUCCCUAUCGACACUGUUGUUGCGGAUAUCCCAGGAAUCUUACAAUGAACUGGAGGAAGUCCUGAAGAACAUGGCCGCCAUUCAGAUAGCGCCAGUUUCAAAUGGCGCGCUUCCCAACGGCCUUGGCGCGGCGAAUGCACAAGUGAAUGCAGAGGCGAACAAGCGUAAAAAGCUGGUUGUGCUUCAAUUCGCGCAGGAGCAACGGGCUAAAUUCAUCAAGCUGCUAGUCCUCACCGAAUGGGGAAAGAAAGCUUCCGUUGACAUAUCAAAACUCAUUGAUUUGCUGGCCCACGCGAGUACUCAGGCAGCCCAUAUGGAUGCUGCUGACUACAAACUGGAAAAGAUUAAGAUUCUGUCCAACAAUGCCAGAGAAAACAAUCCGGACGUUGCGACCGCCCUGGAAGUGCUAUCGACAGGGAAAGCGCCAUGGAUGCCGAGCCUGGGCUACAUACCGCCUGAGCCUAUCUCUGCUGAGCAGGCCCUCAAACUCCUUCGGUACAUGAACACCUCUCUCUCCAUACGCCUCAACGUACACGAAAGCCUCCCACAACACCUCCAAGACUGGCGUGUGCACUCUGGACGCGCAACUUUUGUUGUUGCUAAUGAGCUGGAAUUUGACGUCAUGUCUUUUGUGGAGGAUGCUUCCGAACAGUGGUUUCUCAUCGAUCUCCGGUUGUUGUUCACUCCUGCACCUACCAUUACCGUCGGUAGCCGUUUCUUUAUGCAACUCAAGCUGCAGGCCGACGUGGUUCUAAAGGAGAAGGGUCUGACUGGCCUUUUCGACUUCCUGAACAACUUCGUUCUAACGCACAAGAUCUCAGUGCUUCGAUCGCAGGCUGUUAAUCUCGUUCGCAGCGGCUGGGCUGGAUCUCUCAAGGUUGAGCCUGUGCAUCGCUUGCUCGUCGUGUCUUAUUGGACUGAUAAGCCUGGAAAAAAGAAUUGGAUUGAGAUUGGCGUAUCGAACAACAAACCAAAGAACGGCAAAGUUUCGUGGAGAGGGCCUCCCAUACCGUCGCUGACUACGCGCUGGUUCCGCCAGGGCAAAGAAGUGAAAGAUGUCAAGUUCCAUUUUGACUGGAAGGAUCUCUCCAUGGAACGCGUUAUCAAGCAAGUCAUCGCACGCCACACGAGUGAUAUCUUGCGAUCCACAAAGGAGAGUUUCAAGUCUGGAGUGACGGCGAACGCACAUCUUUCCGAGACCGAACCUGCCGACUCUACACUCAACGCAUCGCUGGGUACAAAAUCUACAUCAGUUACCCUAUCACUAGAGUCGGUCACUGGUAACUACAUCCUGCGACCAGCUAGCGCACUAUCAGCGCGAGCGGAGAAUGCUUUCAACCAAGGCAGAGAGCCAUCACAGAUUGCUCAUGUAAUGACGCAAGUGCUAGCCGGCACAUUGCUCAGUCUGAUCCAGAAGAACGCACAACAACUCGGCUGGCAAUCGGUCGCAAGACAGGCUUUGAAACAGCAGGUCGUGUCGGCUGCUGUCAAAUUGGAUGUCAUCUCUUCCACGCUGUAUUGCCCUCGCGGCUGGACACCAAACUGGGCAUUGGCAGCGGUAAUCGACUCUUCAGGUGAAUCGUGGUGGAUCUUUGAAAUCGGAUCUGGUGGAAAUAGCCUCGAAUACGCCGAGCAGAUCAAGUUGGACAGGCCUGAUGGAAGCUCCUUACCCAUCAAUCGCAACACCUUGGCAAGUCUGGAGAGGGUCGCUGUGCAGCUUCUGUCGUUCCGCGUCACAGCUCGCCAACUAGAGAAGGAGAAGAAGAAUUUCAGUUUGCGACCUGAGUUAGGGCAAGCAGGCUCGUCCGUGGAAGCUGGUUGUGUUCCCCGUCGAUGGGUGCUGCAUGUGCAAACUCCGGACCUUCUUGUGCCCCAAGCAGACGAAGACUCAUGGCUUGAAUCAGACAUCAAGAUUACAUGUGAAGGCUUGAAAGUUGGGGGUCAGGAUGUCUGGCAUAUGGCUGUCGGUAGAAUGGUCAAGUCUGUCGCUGCAGACAUGCAUAAGCUCAUGGCAGCUUCACCACAGACCGCCUUCAAGUUCUCAGAAGAUGGCAACUUCAGGAUUCUUCUUGCCACACCCUUUGGGCAAGAUAUCCUGGGAGAGCUGCGAGCACGAUUGCGAGAUGUUAACCGUCUUCGUACCUUUGCCAGUACCCUUCAGAAGCGUCAAAUGCGGCUUUCGUCCUCCUCCUUACAGCGCGUACAGUUCCAGUACGGUCCAUCGCCAUACUCUGCAACUGUCAACUUUGGCGCUGAAAAGGAGCUUACCAUCGAGCUGUCACAUGACAAUCCGCACCAUCGGAUUCUCCAACUGCUUACUGAGAUCGCCAACGAUCGGCUGCCUUCCUUCCCAACCACGGAGGUCAGCGAUGUCGAUGGCCUGGAUCGCUUCUGUACGACUCUCGUCGCGACCCGGCCCCUCUUCAAGGCCCUGCGCGAAGUCGAGGAACGAUCGCCAGGCAACUACAGUAACCCCGCAAUUCAUGUUCACUCCGUCCUUAAAUACCGACUCACCUAUGACAAUCCGGUCUGCACUUUCGACGUGCGCCUUCAGCCCAAAGAUGACCAGGUGUACUGGUUCAUCGAAGAUAACUUGCGUCCAAAGGAUCCUCCAAAUCAAGCCACAAAUCUACCAACUCCCGAGCGUGCACCUGGUCAUAGGCGUCUCGACAACUUACAGGCCAAGCUGAAGGAACUCUUCAGUGGGAAGGGUUCAGGAUGGUUUGGUACCCGAACCGGCAUGGUGGCGCACUUGGACGCGAUCCCUGAAGCACUACUCAAGCUGGAUGAGUGUGUCUUGAGUUGUAAAAUGGCAGGAGGUUAUGUCGCACCUCCACCACUUGAAAAGCCCCCGCAACAAGCGCAGAAUCAGGGAUCUGGUCCAGGUCAGGCGCCUGCACAGGCGAACGGGAACCAGCAGGGAAACCAGCAGCAGCAGGCUAGGAUGCAACAACAGCAGCAGCAAGCGCGCCAGCAGCAGCAAAGACAGGCUCAGGCCCAGGCUGGGAAGCAGCACCCGAACAUGCAGCAACAUCCGAGAAGCCAACCUCCGAACGGCAGACCCUCACAGCAGCAGAUGCCAAACGGCCGCCAGCAACAACAGCAAGGUAGAGGCGGUCCAGGAGGUCGUCCAGGGCAGUCCAAAAACGACGUCAUCACCAUUGAUUAG